AUAACGAGUUGAAAAGGAUAAAAAUUGUGAAAUUAUUGAAAAAUUUGAGUUAUUUGUAGAUUGUUGUUUAAUUUGUUUUACAUGUUUUCUGUUUAUUGGCUAGCAGUAAUAUUAACAAAAAUUUUGUGAAUUUUGUAAAAAAAAACUCUAGAAACAAAAUUGUCUUGUUUAUUUGUGCCAUUAGUCUGCCCAUUGUUGUUUGUGUGUGUUCUAUAUGAUUUUUAAAACCAGACGUUUAAAACCAAAUGUAAUAUGGAUUGCAGUCUUGCAGAUCGACGACAACCAAAUUCUUCUUCGUCAACUACAGCAACAACGACAGAUUAUACAGCUACUCCAGCAACAGCCGCAUUAAAUCGUCCUCAGCAUCAAUAUUCAAUUAAUCAAACACCUUCUAUAUUAAAAUAUCAACAUCAAACGGCGGUAGAAUCUUUAGACGAAACGAUUAAAAAUCUUACAAAUUUAGCCGAUACUUGUCCUAGUAUUGGCAAAAUUGCCGGCAACAUUAAUAGUGCAACAACAGUAGCAGCAUCUGCAUCAGUAUCAGCCACCAAUAACAGUGGCGGUAUUUAUACAAGUCCCUCCAAAUUGAGUGGCUCUAGUACAGUUGGUGAUCAACAGCAACAACAACAACAGCAGCAGCAAUCACCCUCAUCUUCUUUAAUUUCCUCACCUGCUUAUGCUGGUGUAAAAUUGCGUAAAUUUUCCGAACGUUCUUUAAACUCAACGUCAGCUAACGAAAGCGGCGGAACACGUUCUCAUUCCUAUCGUAUCUCAAUGGCAAAUUUGGAAGAGACACAAGAGUCCGAACUAGAUGUUAUAUUGGGUGAAUUAAGCCUUUUAGAGGCUCAGAUCUCAACAGGAGAUGCAAAUUUUCUGCCGGCUGCCGGUGCACCAGGAGGUAUGUGUACCCCUUCAUCAACACGCACACAUUCACGCACAAAUUCCACAAUAUCGGGUGCCACCUCAAUAUCGGGUUCGUCAGAUGCGGGCAGCAGUAGUACCACACAUUCGUUAUGUUCCUCUUCAGGUAUUUCGGAAAAUGGCAGUCAUAGUGCUCACACACACAGUCUGAAUGCCUCCUUACAAGGCCACAAUGGUUUACUACAGGGAGGAGGUGGUGGUGGUGGUAUUGGUGGUGGCUCCACUAGCUUGCGUGAACCACGUACUGAAUCUCCCGAUAAUGAUUCAGCUUUUAGUGAUACUGUCUCACUAUUAUCGUCAGAAUCAUCAGCCUCCUCUGGCAUGAGUUCAGCUUUACACCACAAACGUUUAAUGGCUCAACAGCCUUGUCUGCCAUUGACGGGCCAGACAAAAGCAGCUAAAAUACAAUUGGCUUUACAUAAGUUGGAAACGGCUCCGAUAAGACGUUUAUUUGUUAAGGCCUUUACGGCAGAUGGUGCCUCCAAGUCUUUGCUAGUAGAUGAACGUAUGACAUGCGGGCAUGUAACACGCCUACUGGCCGAUAAGAAUCAUGUACAAAUGCAACCUAAUUGGGCUUUGGUAGAGAAUUUAGGAGAUCUACAAAUGGAACGUCUCUUUGAGGAUCAUGAGCUAUUGGUGGAUAAUUUAAUGACUUGGAAUUCAGAUGCUGGCAAUCGUGUGCUCUUCCAACAAAGAUCCGAUAAAAUCUCUUUAUUCAUACGCCCUGAACUAUAUCUGCCGGGUCCACAAAUGGCUCCCGGCUCUCAACAUGAUGAACAUACAAGAUCAAUGUUGUUGGAAGAAUUCUUUGAAACUAAUGCCGAAAUAGCGGUAGAUGGUCCUUUGUACAUGAAGGCUGAUUCGAAAAAAGGCUGGAAACGUUAUCAUUUCGUUUUACGCUCUUCGGGUUUGUAUUAUUUCCCUAAAGAGAAAACUAAGAAUGCUCGGGAUUUGGCUUGUUUGACUUUGUUUAAUGGUUAUAAUGUUUAUCGGGGUUUGGGCUGGCGCAAGAAGUGGAAAGCACCUUCUGAUUAUACUUUUGGUUUUAAAUCGGCUGUAGAUUCAAGUUUGGGUAAGACUUGCCGCUCUUUGAAGAUGCUGUGUGCGGAAGAUUUGGAAACCAUGGAGAAAUGGUUGACGGCUAUAAGAGUAGCCAAGUAUGGCAAACAAUUGUGGGAUAAUCACAAAGCCUUAAUGGAUGAAUUGACCGGAGACGGUUUGUCUCAGUCUAGUUUUGCUGUUAGCAUGAGAAGUGAAUCGAUUAGCAGUAUUAGCUCGGCGGUGCCUUCCCAGUGUGGCAGUGUUUCCUCGGCUAUCAGCUCUAUGUCUACUUCCUCUAGUGGGGGUAGAAUUUCGAGGGCUUCCUCCUCUUCCUCUAGUGGUUGUUUGUCGGAUGAUAAUAAUGGUUUCGAUUCAGAGUUUACCACGGGCACUAUUAAGAGAAAACCUUCCAUGAAACCUAAUUUGCCCUUGACCACUAUGACCAGACAGCUAAAGGAGGUGGGAGAAAUAACCCAGGCAGAUCAAGAGGAUCUAAAUAAUUCUCCCGAACAUAGUGGCACUUUGACUAGAAGGCACAGUAGGCGUAAGUCGCAAGAGUCCAAUGGUAGCGGCACUUUAAAAAGAAGACCACCCACAGCGGGCACUAUGAUUAUGACAGGUUUGGUUAAGAGAGGUUCAGCAGAAAGCAUGAAUGCUAAUAAUUCUUCAGGAUCCUCUAACUCUACGCCCACUCCCACCCCGAGUAUAUGUGCUAAACCAUUGGUGGGAGCGGUAGCGGCUUAUGAUAACCAAUUACCGCCUCCUCCACCGCCUCAGGUCAUUAAUGCCCAAGAGUCUGCUCCUCCUUAUAAAAAUCCUCCCGAUUAUAAAGGAUCCAAUGUACACUCUACGCCGGCACCUCCACCCGUACAGAAAAAAGUAUCUUUUGCCGAUUCACCCGUAUUGCUAAGAAGGAAAAUGCAUUCACCCGAACCGGCACAGCAUCAGGAACCCUUUUAUGCUCCAGGACCUUUACCACCACCCCGUAAUGAUCUCACACGGCUUUCCAAUUGCUCCUCAAACAUAUCUUCAGUAUCACAGCAACUAGAUUUUGGUUCCCCCAAAAGGCUGCAAGAAUCCAGCUCAAAUCCUCCUCGAGAUUUUCUCAAGGAUCUGCAACGUGUCAUGCGCAAGAAGUGGCAAGUGGCUCAAAAAUGUAAACUAGAACCGGCCACUACACCACAUGAGGUUUUAGGUUUUCGAGACUUUUCCUCGGAGGAGCUAUUGGCACAUAAUCUCAACUCGAAUUCUCAUUAUUAUCGAGACACCGGCAAUGUUAGCAAUUGGGUGCAGGAGCACUAUGGUGCCGGAGCUCCUCCACCACCAAUGAAUGAAUAUGCUUUAUAUGAAAAUGUCCAUAAUACAAAUGCCAGCAGUAGCAGCAGUCCCAGUAAUAUAAAUCUGGAGCCACAAUUUCCCAACACUACAAAUGCAGCCGCAGCAGCGGCGGCUGCUGCUUUGGCGGCCGCUCAACAGCGCAAGAAACGUCCUCCACCACCGCCUCCUAAACGCAGUGAUUCAACACAUUUGACACAUCGUGUUUAGUGUUUUCUGGCCACGUGUUUUCGGGCACGCAACAGAUCACUCUUUAAGGAUUAUUUUGGCCAUUAAUAAAUUAUAAAUAUAAGAAAUAUUUGAAAAAAAA